AUGACUUCCUCUAUGCGCAUCAAGAUGCUCCUCUUGAUGGCUGUGUCCAUGGUCUCCAUGGGCAUGGCUGCUGUGACUGACUGCACUUCCAUCGUGAAGGUUCUUCUCCAGAACCCCCACACUGGCGAAUCCCGCGUCGUCGGCGACGCCAAUGCUAUCCCCGUUCCUGCUCCCAACUUGUUCGGCCGUGCUGUUCGCCCUGGUGAUGGUUGGAUCACGAUCACCACCACCGAGACAUCCUGCGUUCCUCGUGUCGCGUCGACUACGACUUCCAUCAGUACUGUGGACCCUGUUGUUGUGCCCAUAGUCAGCACUCCUCCAGUUAUUUCCCAUACUAGCACUGUGACUACAUCUUUCACCACCGCCGUGCUCGAGACUGGUACUGUCCCAACCACGUCCGUGGCUGUCUCUACUCCUGCCCCUGCUCCCACUGACGUGAUCACCACUGUGGUGCCCGUUGUCACCUCGACUCAUGUGUCCAGCACUACUGGGGUGUCGACUGUCUCUUCGAUAUCUACCACUUCCAAAGUCACUGCCACUGCAAUCGGGGUUACCACUCAGUCUGGUACUCCCAUGUCAAGCAGCUUGGCAGCUGUCCCCGCCACUACAUCUACCGCUACUGCUAAGCCCGUGACCUCUUCCCACGCUAGCACCGCUGAGACAACUUCUGCUUCUGCUACCAGCACUGAGGUCACCUCCUCCAGUGUCACAAAGGCAGUUCCUGUCCCCGGCUCCACUGUGACUGGCAAGAACACUGACUUUGUGACUGAGCCUUGCCCCACUGGUACUGAGUUGACUCCUGCUGCUGGCAAGGUCACUGGUGUUCCUGUUGCUCCUGCUCCUGCUCCUGUGACCACUGAGAUUGUUUACACCAUUACAAUUCCAUGCAGUCACACUGAGAAGUGCCGCAGCACCGAGGUCUAUUCCACCAGCACUUUGGUUUUAUCUAACCCCACUGGCACUCACAUCAGUGCUCCUGCUUCUGGCAAGGUCACUGGCAUUCCUGUUCCCGGCUUCACCGAUGUCGCUCCUGCUCCUACUCCGGUGACCACUGAGAUCAUUUUCACCAUUACAGUUCCAUGCAGUCACACUGAGAAGUGCCGCAGCACCGAGGUCUAUUCCACCAGCACUUUGGUUUUCUCUAACCCCACUGGCACUCACAUCACUGCUCCCACUGCUCCAGCUGUGGCCAUCGUUUCUACUCCUGUGACCUCCGUGGCCACUGACUUCGUCACUGAGCCUUGCCCCAGUGGCACCGAACUGGCACCUGCUCCUGCCGUCACUGAGAUCACUGUGACUGUGGACAUCCCCUGCACUGAGUCUACCAAGUGUGUCAGCACCCAGGUUGUCACCACUGCUAUCUCGGUCUCUGUCGUGCCUGUGAUGCCUAUCCCGGUCACUGUCCCUACUCCUGAGACUACCGAGGUUCCUGUUGCAGCCCCGGCUCCGCCUGCUGUUCCUAAGAAGGAGACGACAAAGGCCGAACAGACUGUUCCUGCCUCUGUCCCUCAGACAACCACUCGCGUUGUUGCUUCCGCACCUGCUCCUACGCUGGACGCCACCAUUCCUGAGUCUCCUCCCCAGGCCAAGGUUUCCGCCCCGGUCCCUGAGACUAUCACUACCACCCACCCUGUCCCAGUCCACACUACACUGGCUACUGUUCCUCAGCCCCCUGUGCCUAAGGGUUCUGAUGUUCCUCAGAAAGUUCCUCACAACGGAGAGACUCAGAUCGCUGCCCCAACUGUUCCCCACCCUGCCUCCAGCGCCGAGACACAGGCACCUUCGGCUCCUGUCUUCAACGGUGCCAGCGCUGCUGGGUUCGUGGAUGGUCGCCUGCUUACUAUGAGCAUUUUUGUUGUGCUCGCUAACGCUGCCCACUUUGUAAUGCCGUGA